UGACAAAAAGAGUUGGUAACACUGCUCAGUGCUCGGUGCUUGAAUCAAAAUAAUACAUAGAAUUUAUAAAUUAUAAAUAUCAUUAUUGUCUUUGCAUUACAAACGUUAAUGACCAGUAAACUGUGGAAAAAGCAAAGACACAUUAUUGUAUCAAAGUUCAAACCACCAAAAAGAAUAUAUAAGUCUCCACAAAAGUUUGUUACCAAAUAGCAAGUCAAGAAUAUUUACACAUAUCCAAAAAGAUAAAGUAUAAUAUUGCAAAAACUUUUCCAUAAUCCACAAUGAGCAAAAGAAAAAGCAACAAGUCAAUUGCAGACGUAGAUGUGCCCGACUUAAAGGAAGCUGUAAUAGAAUGUGUGCGUUUCAUCGUAUGCCGGGAAGGAAGCAAAAUUCCAAUAAAACGGGCGGAAGUUGUCAAACACUUGGAGACAACUUGCUCAACACCCAGUAAUCUUGUUAAUAAAGUCGUUCUUGAAGCAAAUAAUACAUUGAAAAGGGUGUAUGGAUACAAAUUAAUACAAAUAGAAAAAAAGAGUGAUCCAAAAUAUAUAAUUGUGUUGGAUGAGGAUUGUGAGUCUUUGGAUUCCAGUACACUUGACCAGGAUCAAAGGAGAUUGUUGAUUUCGGCCCUACUUCAUAUAUUCAUGUCAGGCGGACCAGUUAAGGAAGAUGACAUGUGGAUGUUCCUUUCGGAAGCUGGUGUUUUGGACGAGAAUGACUAUGCGGGGAGGAAAAUUAUGACCAAGACAUUUACAAGACAGAUGUAUUUGACAUACACUAAGGUGGGCGAUGGCGACAUGGCGAGGACCGUGUUCGAUUGGGGUCAACGAGCCACUGAAGAAUUGCCAAAAAUGUAUUUACUGAAAAAAAUGGCUGAGGCUUUUGAGAAAAGCCCGGACCACUGGUGUGAACAAUACAAAGCGGCAACAGAAGAAACGGGUUCAAAUACCUGAGAAGUAAUAGUGUUAAUAAAUAUAUUAAAUAAAUUUAUUUUUAUGAA